AAAAAAAAAUCAUCAUAUAAAUUCGAUAAUAAAAUCCAGAGAAGAAGCAUUUGAGAGUAUAAUCCAAUUAAAAGUUAAAAACUUUUUUUAUUCUUUAAUUAUUUUCUUGCUGUCUCGUGAGAACUACUAUUAAAGAAAAAUCAAGAAAAGCUCCUGAGUACUGGAAAAAAGUAGAAGAAGACUUUAUCUUUUUGUGGUGUUAUUGUUGUUUCAUUGACUUUAUGAGUUCUUUUGUUAUAGAUUUAAGCUCCCACGGAUCUGCUUAAAUCCUUGUGAUCUUGUUUUCUUGUUUCUCUCUGUUUUUAUCCGUAAUCUCCGGAACCAGACCCCAGUUUCUGUUCUACUUUUGCUGAGCUUCUUGAUUUGGUCGGAGAAGCUUUAACAAGGUUUUUGGUGGAUUUGUCUUUCUGGGUUGUCUGAAAGCCAGUGGAAUCUCUCUUUGUUGGUUGUCAAGAAAAGAGUUGAUUUUGUUUGAGCAACAAAGAGAAAUGUCUUUUAGGAGCAUUGUUCAAGAUUUGAGAGAUGGGAUUGGGAGUUUGUCAAGGAGGAGUUUUGAUUUUAGGCUUCAUCACAAAGGGAAGUCUCAGGGCUCUUCGUUCCGUGAGUACUCGUCUUCACUUGACCUCUCACCUUUGAUAGUUCAGACAAGCAGAUGGGCUAAUCUUCCUCCUGAGCUACUCUUGGAUGUCAUCAAAAGGUUGGAAGAGAGUGAGAGUACUUGGCCUGCAAGAAAACAUGUUGUGGCUUGUGCUUCUGUGUGCCGGUCUUGGAGAGCUAUGUGCCAAGAGAUUGUCCUUUGUCCUGAAAUCUCUGGGAAGCUCACUUUUCCUGUUUCACUCAAACAGCCAGGACCUCGUGAUGCGAUGAUUCAGUGUUUUAUCAAACGAGAUAAAUCAAAGCUAACGUUUCAUCUUUUUCUUUGUUUAAGUCCUGCUCUGAUUGUGGAGAAUGGGAAGUUUCUUCUUUCAGCUAAAAGAACUCGUAGAACUACUCGAACCGAGUAUAUUAUCUCCAUGGAUGCUGAAAACAUCUCAAGAUCUAGUAACUCUUACCUCGGAAAGCUCAGAUCAAACUUUCUUGGGACGAAGUUCUUAGUGUACGAUACACAACCACCACCAAACACAUCUUCUUCCUCUUCUUCAUCUUCCUCUAGUGCACUCAUCACUGACCGAACAAGCAGAAGCAGGUUUCACUCAAGGAGAGUCUCUCCCAAAGUCCCAUCAGGAAGCUACAACAUUGCUCAAAUCACCUACGAGCUCAACGUGCUAGGCACACGAGGGCCAAGGAGAAUGCACUGCAUCAUGAACUCCAUCCCAACUUCAUCUCUAGAACCAGGAGGCUCGGUUCCAAACCAACCAGAGAAGCUCCUCCCACCUCCACCACGCUCCUUUGACGACUCAUUCCGCAGCAACAUCUCAUUCUCCAAGUCAUCAUUCGACCACCGCUCCGUGGACUUCAGCAGCUCUAGGUUCUCGGAGUUGGGAGUGUCCUGCGAGGAGGACCAAGAGGAGACGAGUUUCAAACCGUUGGUUUUGAAGAACAAGCAGCCUAGGUGGCACGAGCAGUUGCAAUGCUGGUGUCUGAAUUUCCGUGGACGUGUGACGGUUGCUUCUGUUAAGAACUUCCAGCUUGUGGCCGUGAGACAGCCACUGCCGCCGACGCAAGUGGCAGGUGGCGGCUCAGCACCACCGGCUCCUCCGGAGCAAGACAAAGUGAUUCUUCAGUUUGGUAAAGUGGGGAAAGAUAUGUUCACAAUGGAUUAUAGGUAUCCAUUGUCAGCGUUUCAAGCGUUUGCUAUCUGCUUAAGCAGCUUUGACACCAAGCUUGCUUGUGAAUAAAGAAGAAAACUCUCAUCAUCUCCUCCUCCUAAACAUUCAUGCUAAUCUUCAUGUCUCUUUUGUUCAGUCCUUUUGGUGUUCUUUUGGACAAAUCAUUUGUCUCAAUACUCAGUUGUUACUGUGGUGAGAACCAGACGUGUACUAUUAUUAUUAUUAACCUCUUCUCUAUUCUAAAUCAUUUGAAAACAUUUAAUGCAGCACAGAAUGAGAAUCAUUAUUAGUAGAGAAGAAUAUGAUUUGAAAAGUUUUAGCUCAUUGAACAUAAAUGAGCCAAAUAUGUUGUAUCUUCUUUCCUUUGUUCUUCA